AUGGAGAAGUACUUUAGACCUGAUAAACUAGAGGCUGAUCCAAACUCCCAAACUGCCGCCAAAGAAUUUAAACACUGGUACGAAACAUUUAAGAAUUUUUUGGAAAGCAAUAAAUCUACAGAAAAAUCGCUAGAAGAUAAAGACAAACAUAUUCUAGCUACAAGAAAACAACAAAUAAACGAAUCCAUAGAUCAGUAUGCUCAACAGUUAAAGCUUUUGGCUAAAAAUUGUAAUUUUAAAGCAGUUUCUUCAGAAGAAAAUAAAAAUGACUAUAUUCGUGAUGCUUUUAUUAAUGGUCUCGUUCAAUCUAAUAUACGUCAAAGAUUACUAGAGUUUAGUUCUUUAUCUUUGGACGAAGCAUUAUCUAAAUCUAGAUCUUUAGAAGAUUCUCAAAAACAAUCUGAUACAUAUCAUGCAGCAUUAAAUAAUAUAGCAUCUUGUAGUCAUCCAAAUUCAGAACAAACUACUUUAGCUUCUGUUCAAACAAAACCUGGUCAGACUUGUUAUUUUUGUGGACAUCCAAGACAUCCUCGAUCUGUAUGUCCAGCAAGGGCUGCGAUUUGCCAAAACUGUCAUAAAAUUGGACAUUGGUUUAAAAUGUGCAUGCAAUCAAAGAAAAGUCAAACGAGAUCAACUUAUGCAUCUACAAUGGUAAUCGCUUCUUCAAUGGAAACACCUCAAUCGCUUUCAAAAUGUAUAGCCAAAGUAACAGUUAACCGAAUUGAUGCCAAUGCUUUAAUAGACACUGGAAGCUCAGAUACUUUUUUAGAUCAUGAAUUCGCUAUUGAAAAUAAGCUUAAAAUUUUUCCAAUACAAGGGGUCCAAGUUUCUAUGGCAUCUAUGUCAUUCUCAGCUAAUAUUCAAGGCUAUUGUUUAAUAAACAUUCAGGUUGAUAAAGAAAAAUAUGAUCAAACAAAAGUUUUAGUUUUAUCCAAUCUUUGUACAGAUGUGAUUUUGGGUCAAGAUAUUAUGAAACAACAUGAAAGCUUAGAAGUUAAAUUUGGAGGACCAAGAAGACCUCUUAAGAUAUGCUGUCUUACUGAAGCUAAAAUUAAGCCAACUUUGUUAUUACAGUUGUUUAACCUAGUGCCAGUAUGGUGA